ACGUCAAGUAACUAACUAAAUUUGCUGCUUAAACUACGAAAAUUACAUUAUUGCGCCCCAUAAUUUAAUGUGGGGGUUUCACCCGCCACGUGUCGCACGUUCCUUGCCCCCAAUCGGGGUCAAGAGCCGCCGGUGCCGUUUCAUGUUGGCAGCACUGUGUGGUGUUGUGGCCGCUGAUUCCGAUUUUGUGGGAAUUCCGUGCCUUCUUCUGAUGCAAUCACAGUUUAAUUUCCGCUAGAUAACACCGAAGAGUGCGUUUUGGUGUUGGUGUGUUAAAUAAUUGCAAAUUUGGUGGUUGGAGUUAGGUUAUGUCGAAACGUGUGCAGCCCCCGUGGUCGGCGCCGGAGGCGUCUGGCGGUCCGGUCCUGAAAGUGUUCAAUAGUCUGACGCGUCAGAAGGAGGUGUUUAGGCCGAUUUCGGGCAAAAAAGUGACUUGGUACAGUUGCGGGCCGACUGUUUACGACGCCUCGCACAUGGGGCACGCCAGAUCGUACAUAACUUUUGAUAUUUUGAGGCGCGUCCUUGCCGAUUAUUUCGGUUAUGAUAUUUUUUUCGUGAUGAAUAUUACGGAUAUUGACGAUAAAAUCAUAAAAAGGGCGCGUCAGAACUACUUGUUUGAGAGGUAUGUUGGGGAGGAGAGGUCGUUACAGGAGGUUUUAAGUGACGCAAAGUUGGUUUUGGAGAAAUUGGCUGAGACCACACAAAAUGCCUUUGAUCCCGAUAAGAAACAAAUGUAUGAGAAACUUCUAGUCAAUCUCACUAAAUCGGUUGAAGAAUUGGAAAAUGCGGUCAAAAGUGGUGAUAAUACGAAAAUUGAAAACGCAAAGAAAAAUUACAUAGUGCGGAGUAAAGACCCACUGUCUGAUUGGCUGGAUUGUAAAUUUGGGGCCACAAUUACAGACAAUGCGAUUUUUACGUCAUUACCACAGCACUGGGAACAAGAAUUUCACAAAGACAUGGAGGCUCUAAAUAUCCUCAAACCGCACGUCCUGACCCGCGUCAGCGAGUACAUCCCCGAAAUAAUCGGCUACAUCUCCCGAAUCAUCUCGAACGGCUUCGGCUACGAAGCCAACGGUUCGGUGUACUUCGACGUCGCCGCCUUCGACAAGCAACCGAACCACUACUACGCCAAGCUGGUGCCGGAGGCCUACGGCGACACCAACAGCCUCCAGGAGGGCGAAGGCGACCUCACCACGGCCGACCAACGCAACGAGAAGCAUUCCCCCAACGACUUCGCGCUGUGGAAACGCAGCAAGCCGGGCGAGCCCGCCUGGGAUUCCCCCUGGGGCAAGGGCCGCCCCGGCUGGCACAUCGAGUGCUCGGCCAUGGCCUCGACCAUCUUCGGCGACACGCUCGAUAUACACACCGGAGGCGUUGACUUGAAAUUCCCGCAUCAUGAUAACGAAAUUGCGCAGAGUGAGGCACACUUUGGGGCCUCCGAAUGGGUCAAGUAUUUCCUGCAUUCGGGGCAUUUGACGAUUGCCGGGUGCAAGAUGUCGAAAAGUUUGAAGAAUUUUGUUAGUAUACAAGACGCGCUAGCGAAAUAUACGGCGAGACAGUUGAGGUUUGCCUUCUUGUUGCAUGCCUGGAGGGACACGCUUGAUUAUAGUCAGAAUACUAUGGAGGUAGCGCUGCAAUACGAAAAAAAUUUCAAUGAAUUUUUCUUGAAUGUUAAAGACUUGACGAGGAAUUUUUUGAAAAAACCGACUCUUGUGGGGCAUUAUGUUAAGUGGGAACGGCAGGAAAUGGAACUAAAUGGGCACUUUUUGCAGGCGAAGGAUAAUGUUCAUGCUGCUUUGUGUGAUAAUAUCGAUACCAGGACUAGUUUAGAGUCAUUGAGGGACUUAGUAACCGCCAGUAAUUUGUACAUAAGGGACAAAAACCCCCCAAACUGUCUCCUAUUGCACGACAUUGCCGUCUACAUUACGAAAAUGUUGUCGAUUUUUGGCGCAAUUUCUGAGCCUAGUAGAGUCGGAUUUCCGGUAACAAGUGGUAACGAAAGUAAUAGCGAGGAUAAAAUCCUGCCCUACUUGGAAAUUUUGGCCGAUUUCCGCGACAAAAUCCGCACAUCGGCCCGAACUCUCAAAGCCACUGAAAUCCUCCAAGAAUGUGACAAACUCCGCGAUGAAACUUUGCCAAACGUUGGCGUGCGUUUGGAAGACCGUGAAGGCGCCCCCAGUGCUGUUAAAAUAGUAGGCCGUGAUAUUUUACUCAAGGAAAAAGAGGCAAAAAAAUUGUUAGAACUGGAAAAAGCGAAGGAAAAAGAACGGAAAAAGGCCGAACUGGCAGCUGCGCAAGCAGCCAAAGAGGCCCAAAAGAAAAUACCACCAAGUGAAAUGUUCAAAUUGGAGAAGGACAAAUAUUCGAAAUUUGACGAAAAUGGACUUCCCACGCAUGAUGUGCACGGCAAAGAGAUUAGCAAAGGCCAGUUGAAGAAACUGCAAAAGUUGCAGCAGGCCCAGGAGAAGAAACAUCAGGAGUUUUUGGCCACGCUAAGUUAAUGAUUGCUGAUUUAAUCUUUAAUUAAGUAUUUUGAUAUUUAUUACCGCAACUGACUGGACUAGAAGAAAUAAAAUCUUUCGAUUUUGAUUUAAUAAAUAUGAUUUACAAGUU